AUGGCUCGGGCCUAUGCCAAGUUUCCUGGCGCUCCACUCAAAGUCCACAAGAUCACCAACCUCUGGAGAAAUCCCACAGGUACCUUGCCGGCACUGAAGACCACAGAGGAAAGUAUUGGUAGUCUUUCCAAACCCAGUAAUGUCAUCAUUCACCUUAGAAAACAGCUUUACCAUGACGUGCCGGAGUGCAUGAACCUGCUCUCUCACCGCCUGGGCUUACACAAGUUCUUCUUCAGGGAUUCCCCAUCCUCUUUGGAUGCCUAUGUGUUCGGUCACCUCGUCCCCCUGCUGAAGGUGAAGCUGCCUACUGGGAAACUCCACCAACACCUCAACUCCCAGGACAACCUGCGGCACUACUGCACCAACGGCCUGGUCCUCUAUUUCCCCUCAGAGGGCGAAGUUCUCUGGAGUAUUAUUUCUCAACUCCGUUCUUCGAGUAGUAUCCGCAACAGUACAGUCACUUUUGUUGUAGCACAGGGCAAACACACCUGAUUUUAACUUGUCAAGUGGGUGAUUGGUUGACUGGUUGUAUCAAAAAGCUGGACUGUUUGGAAUUACUCGAGAACCAGAGUUGAGACGUACUGAUCUUGAGUACCUAGUCCAGCAGUGUGGUACUCAACUCCAAAACACUGAAAACUCUAACUGUAUUAACAAUCAAUUGCAAAAACUGGUUUUGUUCUGAUACGCUAUGUGCAGAGACUUCAUGCUUUCUUCCCUUUUGACACUCAUCCCAGGUGUGAGUCUAUUCGGAUGGUAGUGACUUUGACAACGAGCCCCAUAAACAACGCAACCAAAACCUGUUCACCAUGGGCUCCAUGCUGGGCUAUGCCAUUUUGAUGGGGAUCGUCAGCAUCCAGCACAUCUGACCGCAGGCAGCGCUAGUGGGACCCCACCACAUCAAGGAGGAAGAAGAGGAAUGAGCAGUACUGGCUCUGUAUGGGACUAGGGACAAGGAGACGUUGUGAAGGGAAAAUGGACGUUCUCUGAUUUAUUCUGUGUACUGCAAUAAGGGAACAGGUAUUACAUUCCUCAAAAAUCUCAAUCCCCCACAAUGCACGAUAAUCCUUUGUCAGAACAGACCCCUCUUAGCAUCCACCAACAUGCCCUAGUUGGGCUGUCUCCUUUAUUGGGGCUUGAUUUUUGUUUUCUUGACAUCCCAGGAAGGCAUACCAUUUCUUGUCUCAGAAUCUUCAAGUGAGUUUUUGAUAUAAUUGAAGAAUUAUGAAGAAAGUAUGCCUUUUCUUUUUUACCCCUAAAAUCACAAUGGAAAACAUAUUCGACAGAAUUAUGCAGUAGAGCAGAUAUAUUACCUGGAAGUUAUUCUUCCAAGGGGACUUUAAGGUAACACAGAGAAUGUUUCUGUUUCACGAACGCAGUAUUCUUUUUAACGAUCACCCAAAGAAAGGUGACUUAUAGAAAACAUGCAUACGGUUUGGUAUUGAGAAAUAAUGAUGCUGUACAGCUCUGCUUCCCAGCACUAUGCAAUUAACUAGUAGACUGUAAGAUGGAAGAGCACUGAGUGGAACAGAAUGAAUUCUUGUCAUAAUUCUCCUUUCUGUGAGAACGGAUCACUCUGAGUUUUCAGUGGCAUAAAACGUACAGAACAUAGAUGUGGUAAAGAGGUCAAUAGAACGCAUCAAAACAAUGGAAAUGCCAUGGAACUACAUGGGGGAAAGAUGCCGUGGGGUAAAGAUCCCAAAUCUCCUCAUUGCCCCCAGCAAAAUUAGCCUACAUUUAGGCUAUUGUUUAUGGUAUAUUGCACUAUGUUGAGGUAAAAAUCGGAGUACAAUGCUUGUAUGGAUGUCAACCCCAAUAUAUGUUCAUGUCAUCAUGACCAAACAACUGCAUUACAGUUAAAAACGACUUUGAAUACCACCACCGAUUUGUCUAUGCUAGCUAUGCUACCAGUUUAUAUGAACGGGAGUUAGCAUUUAGCAGUCACUUCUUCUAAACCUGAAAAGGGACUACUUAUAUUAAUGUUAUGCAGCGAAAACAGCCAAAUAUAUAAAAAUCUGACUUUAGUAUACACAAUGUGGGCCUGUUACAACACAUAAAUCAUGACGGAUUUGAUUAAUAUUCACUUUGUUAGAUCAGAUUUGUUCAGUGUGCGCCAAUUUGGCGUCCUUCUAUAACCCACAGUCUGUGUUCAAUUGAACUCUUUUACGCAUCUAUUAUAGAUACACUACACAAGAAAAGUAUGUGGACACCCUUUAAAUUAGUGGAUUGGGCUAUUACAGCCACACCCGUUCCUGACAGGUCGAGCACACAUCCUUGCAAUCUCCAUAGACAAACAUUGGCAGUAGAAUUGCCUGACUGAAGAGCUCAGGAUUCCACCUUUCCAACAAGUCAAUUUGUCAAAUUUCUGCCCUGCUAGAGCUGCCCCAGUCAACUGUAAGUGCUGUUCUUGUGAAGUGGAAACAUCUUGGAGCAACAACAGCUCAGCUGCUAAGUGGUAGGCCACACAAGCUCACAGAACGGGACCACUGAGUGUUGAAACGCAUAGCGUGUAAACAUUGUCUGUCCUCGGUUGCAACACUCACUACCAAGUUCCAAACUGCCUCUGGAAGCAAGGCCAGCACAAUAACUUUUCGUCAGGAGCUUCAUGAAAUGGGUUUCCAUGGCCGAGCAGCCGCACGCACACAAGCCUAAGAUCAUCAUGUGCAAUGCCAAGCGUCAGCUGGAGUGGUGUAAAGUUUGCCGCCAUUGGACUCUGGAGCAGUGGAAACGCGUUCUCUGGAGUGAUGAAUCACGCUUCACCAUCUGGCAGUCCGAAGGACCAAUCGGGUUUGGCGGAUGCCAGGAGAACGCUACCUUCCAGAAUGCAUAGGGCCAACUGUAAAAUGUGGUGGAGGGGGAAUAAUGGUCUGGGGCUGUUUUUCAAGGUUCAGGCUUCUUAGUUCCAGUAAAGGGUAAUCUUUACACACAGCAUACAAUGACAUGCUAGACAAUUCUGUGCUUCCAACUUUGUGGCAACAGUUUGGGGAACGCCUUUCCUGGUUCAGCAUGACCAUGCCCCGGUGAACAAAGCGAGGUCCGUACAGAAAUGGUUUGUCAAGAUCGAUGUGGAAGAACUUGAACCUGCCUGUACAGAGCCCUGACCUCAACCCGAUUGAACACCUUUGGGAGGCAUUGGAACACUGACUGCGAGCCAGGCCUAAUCGCCCAACCUCACCAAUGCUCUUGUGGCUGAAUGGAAGCAAGUCCCCGCAGCAAUGUUCCAACAUCUAAAAAAAGCCUUCCCAGAAGAGUGGAGGCAAAGGGGGGACUAACUCCAUAUUAUUGCCCGACCUCACUAAUUAAUGCCCAUGAUUUUGGAAUGAGAUGUUCGACGAGCAGUUGUCCACAUACUUUUGUUAAUGUAGUAUAGAAAAGUCAUAAAUAGAGCAUCAGACACAAUGCGUUAUAGUCUACAGGGCAGACAAUAUAUUGUCUCCACAAAACAUUUAUAUCUGAAUGUUAUGUUACGUUACACUCUCCUGAUCAAGCCCUGGUUCUUGCUCUUCUGAGGUUGCAUAUAAAGAAUGAAAUA